AUGUCUCCAACAGCUCACUCGUCGUCAGAUAAAAAGCAAUCUGGUAUUGCCAGAGUCUUGGGAUCUGCUACCGCAGGUAUAGCAGAAAUUGGUGUAUUCCACCCAGUGGACACCAUCUCCAAAAGAUUGAUGUCCAACCAUGGUAGAGUCACUUCAGCACACCAAUUGAACACUAUUAUCUUCAGAGACGCUGCAUCCCAACCUUUGUUCAAGAGACUCUUUACCUUGUUCCCAGGUUUGGGAUAUGCUGCUUGUUACAAGAUCUUGCAAAGGGUGUACAAGUAUGGUGGUCAACCAUUUGCCAAUGAGUUUUUGACCAAGAACUUUAAAGACAAUUUUGAUUCUGCAUUUGGACCCAAGACCGGUAAGGCUUUGAUGAGUGCGACUGCUGGUUCCUUGAUUGGAAUUGGUGAAGUUGUAUUGUUGCCAUUGGAUGUCUUGAAAAUCAAGCGUCAAACAAACCCAGAGUCAUUCAAAGGUAGGGGGUUCCUUAAGAUCUUGCUGGAUGAAGGAUUCGGAUUGUAUAGAGGUUGGGGAUGGACCAUGGCUAGAAACGCACCAGGUUCCUUUGCCUUGUUUGGAGGUAACUCAUUUGCUAAAGAGUAUAUUUUCGGAUUGAAAGAUUAUAGUCAAGCUACAUGGACACAGAAUUUUAUCACUUCCAUCUUUGGGGCUAGUGCGUCGUUGAUUGUGAGUGCUCCUUUGGAUGUCAUCAAGACUAGAAUUCAAAAUAGAAAUUUUGACAAUCCAGAAAAGGGGUUCACUAUUUUGAAAAACAUGUUCAAGAAUGAAGGUAUUACUGCAUUCUUCAAAGGGUUGACACCUAAAUUGUUGACUACUGGCCCAAAAUUGGUGUUUUCCUUUGCCAUGGCUCAAUCAUUGAUUCCUGCAUUUGAUAAGUUGUUGAGUAAGUAA